GCUCAGACAGAGAGAAAGCUUAGAGAGAGAGAAUAUCACUGACAUACAGAGGAGGAAGGCAACAAAAGUGGAUCAAAUUGGAAAGAGCCACUAUGAGUACAGAAAGAUUCUAUCUCAUUGAGAUGUCUAGCAAUGGGUAGAGUGACAGAAGGGAAAAUCAACCGUUCUACAUCAAACCACUCGAGGAUGCUUCAAGGUGCAGAAUCAGCCUCUCGGGAGAUAAUGCUGUGAAGGCCCUGAGCAUCAAGGCUCAGCCGAAUCAAAGCCAGCGAGCUACAGCACAGGGUGGAGGCCGUGAACGGAUUUUAACAAGUGAAGAAAAAAGACAUUAUGAGAACAUCAAGGAAAGGAAGUGUGGAAAUGCCUGCUUUUGUAAGGCAGCUGGUGAAGGAGACCGAGAAAAGGGUCACCUCCUUUUUUAAAGGGGGACGAGGGGGAGGCGCAGGGGAGCUGUCUGUAGGCGAAGAGGGUGGAGAGGAGGAAGGGGUCAUCCCUAGCCCAUACUUGGACCGACCGGUUCUGGACAAGCACAUGCAAGAGGGCUAUGCCUCCUGGGGACUUACCUAUGCCCUGGCCAGCAUGCAGGGUUGGAGGGCCCACAUGGAAGAUUUCCACAACUGCUUCCCUCAGCUAGGAGGGGAACUGGCCCACUGGGGGUUCUUCGCUGUGUUUGAUGGACACGCAGGGAGCGCGGUGGCCCAACACUGCUCCCGAAACCUGCUGGACCACAUCCUGGGCACAGGAAAGAUCCGAGCAGAUGACGAUGUACUAAGGGUCACUGAGGGCAUCAAGGAGGGCUUCUUUCUCAUGGACAAGCACCUUCAUGCCAUGGCCUGCCGUGAGGGUUGGGAACGUGGAGGGACGACUGUCGUUGCCACCGCUAUCACUCCACACCACAUCUACUUUGUGAACUGCGGGGAUUCUCGAGCAGUCUUGUGCCGUGCGGGACGGGUGGCCUUCUCGACGGAAGACCACAAGCCCUUCAGCCCCGGCGAGAGGGAGAGGAUAGAGAACGCUGGAGGAUCAGUCACUUUGCAGCGUGUGAACGGCUCGCUGGCAGUCUCCCGAGCGCUGGGGGACUUCAGUUACAAGACAGCCGAGUGGCGGCCGGUCACAGAACAGAUGGUUUCGCAUGAGCCAGAAGUGUCUGCUGUGGAGCGCUCGCCAGCAGAUGAGUUUCUGGUUCUGGCCUGCGAUGGUGUGUGGGACACUGUCACGAAUGAAGAGCUCUGUGCCUUCAUACACAGCCGACUGCGUGUCUGCACAGACCUGAGAGAGGUCUGCUCCCAGGUCAUCGACCUUUGCCUCUAUAAGGGGAGCCUUGAUAACAUCAGCAUCAUUCUAGUUUGUUUUCCUGGCGCUCCCCAGCUGUCACCUGAAGCGCUGCACCAGGAGGCUGAGCUGGAGGACUUUCUAGAGUCCAAAGUAGCUGAGAUAUAUGAAGAGCUGAGCACAAGAGGUGAGGAGCCUGAUCUGCUGUCAGUUCUGACAGUACUGGCUUCCACAGUGAUUCCUGGACUUCCACCAGGGGGCGGCCUUCAGAGCAAGCGGAACUGUAUCAUUUCAGCCUACUAUCAGCAGAAAGAGGCACGGCGAUCUAGAUUAGCCCAGGAACUCAGUCCUACAAAUGCCAAAUAGAGUCCAUUUUACAUAAACACUUGAUGGAUGUGCUAGAUUGAGAAAGAAGUAAAUCAGUUUUCUGUGUUUAAAACAAAAAAAGAGAGAGAGAAAGAAAGAUCUUUUUGUACAGCAAAAAAAAAACAUUUUAGUUCCUUCUUUUUGUAUGUUUCACGAAUAACAAAACUUUCAAAAAUCAAUGCUGUGCCACAAUGCAGGACAAUGAUGACUGUAUAUAAAUUUGACUCUUUAGAUUGUGAUAUGUUCAGUAUUUUGCUUACCAAAUGUAUUCAAUGAGUCUUACAGUCGACAAUACUCAGGUAAUGUGUUAAAGCCGUGACAGCAAACUUUUGAAAUUCUUUCCAGUCUUGGCUUAUAACAAGGUCAUUAUUUAAAUUGAUACAAUAAAAAAAAGUCAGAACUUGAUAAAACUCUUUGAGGAACAGUGACAAGCUAAUACUGUUGGUUAAUACUAAAGGAAUAGUUCACACAAAAAUGAUUUACUAGUCUUUAAAGCUAAGUUCUUUUAGAAGCAUGGUCACAAUUGUUUUGUUAAAAAUAUAUAUAUUCUCUUUGUGUGUGUGUGUGUGUGUGUGUGUGUGUGUGUGUGUGUGUGUGUGUGUGUGUGUGUGUGUGUGUGUGUGUGUGUGAGAUAAAAGGAUAAAAACAACAGCAUACAGGUAUGAAAAUCCAUGAUGUUAAGUACGUAACUAAUGACAGGAUUUUCAUUUUUGUGUCAACUAUUCCUUUAAGAAUUAAGGUAUGCUAAAAUCUCUAAAUAGCAAAUUCUAUUAAAUACAAGCACUUUUACAUGUUUAUACAGGCUAAUAAUAUGGUCACAGAGUGCAACUUUUCCUGUUCUUGAAUAGUUGUUUCCUGUAAUACGCUCUUACUCUGUUUGCAUGAUCUGUACUGUGUUGCCUUACUGACCUCUUUGAAAUGAUGCCAAUCUAUAAGCGUGUAAUAUUCCCAAAAUAUUUCCUAAUGACUAUCAAAUGAACUGAUGCAGUGCUAUAUCAUGUUGUGUAAUCAUCUUUGUGCACAUUUUACAGAUCUUGUGCAAUAUUUGUGCUAACAUAAAGGUUAAAGGUUGAGUAAUAAAAAUAAACAGAUCAAGCUA